CGCAAGUGUUUCGGGGCGCGAGCCGACUGGCGCGUGCUCGCGCGCUCGUCGCCAGCGCGCCGACGCGCGGCAUGGCCGGGCCGUCCGGGGCGGGCAAGGGCGACCGGCGUGGGGGGUUCUGGAGCAAGUGGAACGCGGCGACGCAGCAGGAGUUUGCGCAGGAGGUGGCGUUUGAGGGCGACAAACGGUCCGAACGGCGGAGAUCGCCCCUCCGAUCGGUGGCGCAGGCGGCUGCGCAGGACCCUCGCGACGACUACGACGACCUCGAGUUCCUUCUGGACGACUCGCUCGAGUCGGUGGGCGAGGCAAUCGGUGGUGAGGGGCGCGACGGCGGGCGGGGCCAGGCGGCCGAGGAGCUCGAGGCGGUGCGUGAGGCGCUGCUGAGCGACGACGCCGUCUCCGCUCGACGACGCGCCGAGCUCCUUGGCCUGCUCGACGAGCUCGGCCCCGCCGCACUGGCCGCGCCGGCGCGGUACCCGCCUCCCGGCUCCGAGGGGCGGAGGGAGGCGUUGGACCUGGACGAGCUUGGUCUGGACGACGACGGCGGGUCGGGGGACCUGUCGAUGGUCUCCUCCUUCCUCGACUCGGUCCGGCUGCGCGAGGCGGGCGCCCUCCCUCCCGGCGGCUUCUUCGCGCACGUCUUGCACACGAGGGCCGUGUCAAAGGUGACGAGCGGGGGCAAGAAGCGCUCCAUCUCUGUGCUCGCAGUGGUUGGGAAUGGAGCCGGCAGCGCGGGCUUCGGCCUCGGCAAGGACGAGGAGGCGACGGAGGCGCUGGUCAAGGCGUGCAAGGCGGCGCGCAAGCAGCUGCUGCACGUGGACCGCUUCGACGGCCGCACCAUCUUCCACGACAUGGAGGACACGUGGGCAAGGACCAAGUGCGUCGUCCUGAUGCGGCGGGCGGGGUCGGGCACGCGCUGCUCGUGGCUCAUGUGGAAGAUCCUCAACGCCUUCGGCAUCACCGACGUCUCCGUCAAGGUGCACGGCUCCAAGAACAAGAUCAACCAGACGCGCUGCAUCUUCAACGCGCUUCAGCGGAUGGUGUCCGCGCGCGACGUCGCGAACAACCGCGGCAAGCGGGUCCUCGACAUGACGCCGCGCUCCUCCAUCGCCCAGGCAGGCUACCGCCCGGACUAGCCGCCGCAGCUCCAGGAGCGCGACGCAUUUAUCUAUCAACGCGCGCUAGUUCCUGCCCUGGGCGCUGCGUGGGCCAGGGCGGGCCGCUGCGUGGCGGGGGCGACCCGACGAGCGGCGAGACUCAGCCAGUGUGGCCGAGUGGGGAUCCACAAUCACCUCGCCGUCCGCAAAAGCGAGUACUUUCUUGUAC